AAGCGUGUUCUCUCCACCCAAGGGAGCGAGGUGUAAGCGGCAGCACUUACCUGGCGGGUGUCUGGUUUCAGAGACAGCCCUUCUUGUAAUGGGAGUGUCCUCAGAGAGCAUGCUGGUGUUAAACUGUCCUCCUACUGGUUACAGGCUUCAAUGGGAGGUCUGCUGGUGUGGCUGCGGAUCACAUACGAGUUGUAUUUGACUUCCUUAACAGCCAUAGCGCCUCAGUUUAACUUGCCCUAGAGCCGCACCGUGAGAGCACUUACUGCGGCUUUUCUGGGAGAGUGACGAUGGACGAGGAGCGCAGCGGCUCUCCGGACCUGACGGACAUAGAGACCAAGUUGGGUCGAAAAGUUCCGGACGGUCUCGUUCGGUCUCUCGCGGGAGAGAGACGCAGCGACAGGCACGAGCAUGACAAGUCAGCUGCGCCUCACGUAGCCAACUGCAAAUUCUGCGCAAAUUCAACGGACCUGAAGAGGCUGCAGGGUAAAAUGCUGUUCUUGAGACAGGAGAUGGCAAACCUGCGAGCCAUCGACGUGAAGCUCAUGCAGCAGCUCAUGUCGAUCAACGACGGCAUCGAGUCCAUCCGCUGGAUGAUGGAGGACAAGGGGGACGCAACGAGCCAGGACGGCAGCCUGACGGGCAGCUUGUACAGCCUAUCGGACAGCCAGGACGGUUCCUCCCUGCGGGGCAGCUUCAACAGCCUGAACAAUGGAAACGGCGACGGCCUGGACGGGCUGUCCGUUGGCAGCUACCUGGACACUCUGGCAGAGGACCUACCUGGAGACUCGUCCUCACCGGACCUCAACCGUUUAAUGGAUAAAGCUGUAAUCUCUGGCGAAUCCUUCACCAAAUCGCCUCUGAAACUCAGGGUGGAAUCAGAUGAAUACUACUGCUUUAGAUAAUAGUGAUAAGAUAGACAAAGACUACUGAGAUAUACAGAAGAAAAAAACCCCUCCUUUGUCCUUUUUUUAUUCACAUUUUUUUCUCCCAGGUUUUUGAAGACGUGGGCACGUUUGGGAAUGUUCCAUUUUCCCUUGACACCAUUUUCCUGAAGUGGAUUAGCAAAACCUCAAGCAUUUAUUUAUUUAUUUUUUUAACAAAUGUCACAAGAUGCAAGAGAAAUCCUCUCUGUAGCAAUGACUGCUUAAUAUUUGUAUUACUUAAAAAAAAAAAACUCAGAAGGUGCCGAGUUAUGAUUUAUGAUUAUAUUUAUUGUUAAAUGACCCUGUAUGUCUGUGGUUUCCAUCUGAAAACAGGUUGAACAAAAGUUGCACUUGAGCUGAGCAGCAGAUUUUCCUCUCCUUCUAAGGAAAACGUCACUCUCUGAGAAAAACCAGCGGGUUAGGACUUUGCAGCCGAUUGGAAAAUUGGACAUUUCAUGCUGAGCGAUUCGAGUAGUUUAACUCUUUCAGGUGGCAAAGUUAUUAGUUUUGAACUUCAAAGCAAGUGCAAUUUUCCCCCAUGCCAAAUGCUGAGCGCCACCUACAGCACAUGUUCCCCAGUUUUAUUGCUUUAACUGACUGGAGUUAAUAAAGCUUUUGGCCUCCAGCGGGUAUCAGUGGUAGCUUCAGCAUGUAGUCUUAUUCAAAGCUUGACUGAAAACCAAAGAAAUUUCUCUCAGAGGUCAUUAACACCUGAGGCUAAACUGCAUUAUAGCACCAGAUGAGAGAUUUGUUAUCUGUAGGCGUGUGUGAAACGCAUGCUCGCUUUGAGGGCACAUUUUGGUUGUUUCGGCUUCUGAUGAGGUUCUUUGUUUGUAAAAUUGCUUUUGUUGAUUCGUCUCGACAUGUUUGUGUUUAAUGAUGUCUGCUUUUGAAGCCGGCAAAAACAAACAUUUUAUUCAACGUUGCUAUCUUUGUUGAGAAAAUAAAAUAAUAUAUUGUGUUUUUGUUGUUUUGCCCCUAUAUUUAUUCCCAAAAUAACUGAUACUGUGAUGAAGUAUGUGCCUUCUUCCAGCUUUCUUUUACUUAUUUCGUGUAUUGUUUUUACAUUUAAAAUUUUCAUAUCGCAAUUACGAAUCUUAAUAUCAGGGAAAGAUAAACCCAGCCUCUCCAUGGUUCAUGGAUUCACCUA